CGCAAACACCAAAGGUUUCUGUGGUCGUCUAAAAAAAUGUGUCUUUUGAUGUCUUGUUGUCUCAUGUAUUUCUAAAAUAAUCCACAAUUCGAGUUCUUGCCGAUCUUAAUAUCCAGUUGUUGAUUCUGAUUAAAUAUGGGAAGAAGAAAAUCUAAAAGAAAACCUCCACCUAAAAGAAAAAAUAUUGAGCCUUUGGAUCAACAAUUUAACUGCCCAUUUUGUAAUCAUGAAAAGUCAUGUGAAGUAAAAAUGGAUAAAGGACGGAACACUGCUAAAAUAACAUGUCGCGUUUGUCUGGAGGAUUUUCAAACUGGGAUAAACUUUCUGUCGGAGCCUAUUGAUGUAUAUAACGAUUGGGUGGAUGCGUGUGAAACCGCAAAUUAAAUUUAUUAUAUAAACAAUUAAAAUACAGUAGGCAAAACAA